ACCAGUUCGCAAUUAUUUUCAUCUCGGAUUCUUUGCAUACCAGUCUUGUCUGAAUAAUCGCUCCCGGUUAAACAUUUUUAUCCAAUAAGUGAUCAGUCCAAAAAGGGAUUGUGUUAACUAUGAGAAAUUAUUAAACAUUUAUUGUGUUUUUUUGUUUGUAUACCACCCAAUUCUUCCAGCACUUCAGGAGUUGCCGAAACAUGGAGUACUGGACUACGGUGGGGACGGCGAUUGCCGGUCUGAUGAUCGCCCGGACAAUGUUCCAAGAGUAUCUGCCUCAGAGGUUCCGCAGCUUUUUCGCGAGGUUUAUCAACCGAUUCAUCGGAUUCUUCUCUCCACACAUAGAAAUCACUUUUCAGGAGCUCACAGGAGAGCGCCUCAAACGUAGCGAGGCCUACAGCGCCAUUCAAAGCUACCUCAGUGCAGAGUGUUGCGCCUCGGCGAAGCGCCUCAAAGCCGACAUCUUCAAAGGCAGCCAGUCCAUCAUCCUCUCCAUGGACGACCACGAGGAGGUCUACGACGUCUUCCAAGGCAUCAGAGUGAUGUGGUUCUCGUGCAAGACCACCCCCAAAAACCCGUCCGUUUCCUUCUACCCCUCCGAAACAGAGCGGAGGUAUUUCACCCUCACGUUCCACAGGGAUCACCGGGACACCAUCACCAAAUCCUACAUCCCUUACGUCCUGGAGGAGGGCAAAGCCAUCGCGUUCAAGAACCGGCAGAGGAAGCUCUACACCAACAACCCGAGUUCAAACUGGUACUCUUACAAGCCCUUGAAAUGGAGCCACGUUCCUUUCGAGCAUCCCGCAAGUUUCGACACCCUCGCGAUGCCGAGGAAAGAGAAGGAGUCCAUCAAGAAAGACCUCUUGAAGUUCAGCAAAGGGCAGGACUAUUACAAUAAGAUCGGGAAGCCGUGGAAGAGAGGGUAUCUCCUGUACGGCCCUCCAGGGACCGGGAAGUCAACGAUGAUCGCAGCGAUGGCCAAUUUCUUGAGCUACGAUGUGUACGAUCUUGAACUUACCACUGUCAAAGAUAACUCCGAGUUGAGGAAGCUGUUGAUCGAGACAACUAGCAAGUCUAUCAUAGUGGUUGAAGACAUCGAUUGCUCGCUUCACCUCACCGGGCAAAGGGCAAAGAAGGAGGAGGAAAAAGUUGAAGAGGAAGAAGAAGACCCAGACAGGAAGGUUAUCAAAGAGAUGGAGAAGGAGGCUAAGAGUGACAGCAAAGUGACUUUGUCUGGUCUCUUGAACUUCAUCGACGGGAUUUGGUCGGCUUGCGGCGGGGAGAGGAUCAUAGUUUUCACGACGAAUUAUGUCGAUAAACUUGACCCGGCUUUGAUCAGGAGAGGGAGAAUGGACAGGCACAUCGAGAUGUCGUACUGUUGCUACGAGGCGUUUCAAUUGCUCGCUAAAAAUUACCUAGGCGUUGAAGAGCAUGAAUUGUUCGUGAGGAUUGAGAAGUUGCUUAGCGAGACGAAGAUGACGCCGGCUGACGUUGCGGAGCAUCUGAUGCCGAAAUCCGAUGACGAUGAUGCGAAAGGGUGCUUGAUGGACCUGGUCGAGGCCCUUGAAACCGCCAAUAUUGAUCAGGCUAAAAAUGAAGAGAAGAAGGAGGAGAAGAAGGAGGAGAAGAAGGAGGAGAAGAAGGAGGAGAAGAAGGAGGAGAAGAAGGAGGAGAAGAAGGAGGAGAAGAAGGAGGAGAAGAAGGAGGAGAAGGAGAAGAAGAAGGAGGAGGAGGAGGAGGUGGAGGAGCUGGAGCAGUGGAUAAAUGAGGAUAAUAGGGAAUGUGAGGAGAAGGAGAAGGAGAAGAAGAAGAAGGAGGAGGAGGAGGUGGAGGAGCUGGAGCAGUGGAUAAAUGGGGAUAGUAGGGGAUGUGAGGAGAGGAAGAAGGAGAAGAAGAAGAAGGAGGAGGAGGAGGUGGAGGAGGUGGAGCAGUGGAUAAAUGGGGAUAAAAGGGGAUAA